UAACUCAUAGUCAAUUUCAAGGGCAAAUGUGGAAACAUGCAUUGUCUAGCUCAUUUCUUCUCACUUUGGAGAGAACUACAAAAUGCGUGGGACCCACACAAUUUUGGUCUCUCUUCACAAUUUAUCUGUUGUGCCAAACGAGAGAAAUGGUCUCUCUCUCCCUUAUUUCUCUCUCUUGCUUGUUUCUCUUGUUCCAAACAAGCCGUAAAACAACAAACAAUACUUUCCACCACUAAUAAAUUAAACAACAACUCAUCAUCUCUCUCUACGAAAACAAAGGGUCUCACACAAACUCACACAUUCAUCACUAAGCGUUGAAAUGGUGGAGAAGUGCAAAACGACACCGUCAAAACAAACCAAACCUAGUAAACGCGAUGUCGUUUUAUCCCUCUCAGCUUCUCAACAAACGGAAAACAUGACGCCUAGCAACGAAGAAAUGCAGUUGAUCGUUCACGAGCAGAAGGAGAAUUACGUCACCGAGUUUCGUAACUUCUUAGAUGACGCUUGGUACACCGUCAGUGUUACAUUCGAAGGAAAUGAAUCUCUGCGAGUCAAGUACGAAAAAAACACUGAUGAGAUUGAUAAUUUGUUCGAACCUGGGUUUUUCAACUCCAUGGAAGACCUUCAAGAGUUUGAGACACGGUUCAGACCUCUUUCUGUUCAGGUUCAAGAUCACCAGUGUCGGGAGCUGGUUCCAGGUGUUAGGGUUUGUGCUUCGCAUGAGUUCGGUCCUGAUGACCUUCGCUUCUAUGAUGCUCAUGUUGUUGAGGUGAAAGAACGCAAGCAUUCUCGCAAAAAAGACGCAGAGUGCUUGUGUACCUUUAAACUGCUUUGGUCACAUGGGCCAAUGGUUGGAGAAUUCACUGAUGCAGAAAUUUGCAACAUUUGCCUUGUGCAGCCUGUACUAGAGUAUGAUCCAGCUGUGGCUUCAUUCUUAGAGAUUACAAGGAGGAGAAUAGAAUCACAAUCUGGACAGGAAAUGGUGGUGUACUGCAACACAGGAAUAGAAGCUAAGAACCACACUGAAAUCAAAACUAAGAGCAAAAUGGGUUAUUUUGAACGAAUGCAAAAGUUCCAGGCAAAACGCCGGGCCAAGCGAUCUGUUUUGGGUACCCGUUCUUCUGAAGGUGCCAAGCAAACUGUUUUGGGUGCCAGUUCUCCUGAAGGGGCCAAGCGAUCUGUUUUGGGUGCCAGUUCUACUGAAGGGGCUAAGCGAUCUGUUUUGGGUGCCAGUUCUCCUGAAGUUGGCCUUGUGGAAGAUAAAGAGUUGAAAGGAAAAAGAAAUGUGUGCAUGAUAUUGAUGGGAAAUCUUGAUAAACAAUUAUGUCCGUCAACAGCUGUUGAGUUUUUAUACAAGCAUACUCAAGUAUCAGCUAGUGUAUUCAUUUUUCCAAGUUUAUCAUCGGAGAUAUAUACCAGGGGUGCCAUCAUGUUGCGAACUGAGAGGGAUUUUCAAAAGCUUUGUGACUUUUUGACAAAUCCAAAACACAUCAUAACAUCUUCAACUGGCAGGCCAUGGGUGAUAAUUGAAAAACAAGUGGGUCUCAAAAAUAUCAAAGCAUCAAUAGGAACAGUAUUUCCUAAAUCUGAGAAUGCACCACAGGAUGGAAAGAGUAGAGUGCGCAACAAUUUGAAGAUUGUUUACUCAGGAACUCAAGAAUUCAAGACAGCCAGUGCUAUGAGGGAUUUGUAUUCGGAAUUUGCUGAUCACCAAGAGCGGCUGCACAAGAAGCUUGCAUUUCUGGAAGGAAGUGUUAAUGAAAUCUGAAACUAGGUUCUAUAGGAAGUGUUUCAUAUACAAUUUUGCGGGAUUUGUUAAUAUAACCUUUCUGGUAUAGCUUUAGAGGAAAAGAUAAGUAGAUCUUAAUUUUCUCUUUAGCACAAGUUCAACCCUCACCUGAGAUAAGAAUCCAUGCAGUCACUUCCAAUUUUACCCAAUCUUUUUUUUAUUUUUUUAUUUUAUUUUUUAUCAUGCAUGCUUUGAAUCUGAAAGCAUUACAGAGUAAUGAGUUUUGCAACUCAGUAACGAGCAAUUCCUAUACAAAGUACAUAUUUGCUGAUAUAAUAAUGGUCAAGUCUUCCCGUAAA